AUGUCACAGCACUCAUUGGGAGGAUGUAGAUAUUUUGUUCUCUUCAUUGAUGAUUAUUCAAAGAAGGUAUGGGUAUACUUCUUGCGGCAGAAGUCGGAUGUAUUUGAUAAAUUCAAGAUUUGGAAGGCAGAAGUGGAGAACCAGACAGGGAGGAAGGUUAAGUAUAUGAGAUUAGGUAAUGGCAUAGAGUAUACUGACGGGAAGUUUGUCAAAUUCUGUGAGGAGCAUGGUAUUCAGAGGCACUAUACAUUGAGGAAAACACCACAGCAAAACGGACUACACUGUUAUAGGCAGAGUGCAAUAUUUCUGGCUAAGAAUCAAGUGUAUCAUUCAAGCACGAAGCACAUUCAUGUGAGGUUUAACAACAUCAGAGAGUUGGCUACUUAUGGUGAGAUCAUUAUGGAGAAGGUGCAUACGUCAGAGAAUGCUGCUGAUAUGUUGACGAAGCCAGUCACUUUGGAGAAGUUUAAGCACUUCUUGGAGCUUUUCCAUGUCUUCCCAUGCUAA